AGGCAGGGGAUUGCGGGGUCGUGGGGCUGUGGUGCGGGUCCGGGCCGGAAAACAGUCAUUUGAACGAAAACAGCCAUUGCGAUGGAUGCGCGCGCGUGUGAAUAUUGGACGAAACGACAGCGGGCGUAGUUGAGCUUGGCGAAACAAAGACGCGUGUCGUGCGGAAACCGCAAGGCAUCGACUGCGAACAGAAAACUUCCUACUCGAUACCGGGCCUUCACCUUCCGAGCCACCGAUGCGGUGACCGACGCAACUAGGCUUCCCGUUUACCGGUUCGACGGGCAUGCGCGGCGGUGGUCGGCGGCGAAGCACGCGCCAGUGCGACGACAUCCGCGGCACCACCUGAGACCGCACCAUGGCCGACCUGGCUGGCUUCCCACCAGGCGGUGACGCCGCCUGUGCACCGGCCGAGCUGCAGCGGCUGCUCAGCGACCAGACGCAACGCGCCGAGAAACACCGCGCCAACUACCAGACGCUGAAGGCACAGCACGGUCGGCUGCAGGACGAGCUGGCAGCGGCGCAGACGGAGCUGGCGCUGCUGCGCGCCGAGCGCCAGUCGGCCACCGAGAAGUUCCAGCACCUGGUGGCGCAGUCGCGGCGCGAUAUCCAGGCGAAGGACCAGCUGAUCAGCGAGCUGCAGGCGCAGAUCCCGUCCCGCGAGCAGCUCGAGUACCGGCAGCUGCAGACCCGCGAGGAGGUGAAGGCACAGAUGCGCGACAAGCUGCUCAAGGCCGAGGAAGAGCUGGAGCAGCUGCGCGCCGAGUCGCACGACCUCAAGUACCAGCGCAGCUGCCUAGGCACGCAGGCCGAGCAACUGAAGCAGCAGCACGACCGCGAACUGCAGGAGACGCGCGUCCGGUACGAGGUGCAGAUCGCCGAGCUGGAAACGCAGCGAGACCAACUGCGCGCCUUUAAGCUGGUGGGCGAGGAGGAGCUGACGGCACGCCUUUUGCCUGUGCAAAAGGAGAACUCGGCGCUGCAGCUACGAUUGCGCGCCCAGCUGGCCGAGUUGGAGGAAGCGCGCGCGCAGGCGGAGAGCGCGCGCGCCGAGCGGGCGGCAUUGCAGACGACGCUGGAGCGGCGCCAGGCAGAGCUGUCGGUGGCGCUGCGCGUGUCGGAGACGGAACGAGCCCAGCUCAGCAGCCAGGCGGAGACACUGCGGGGGCAGCAGGCCGAGCUGCAGGCGCGCCUGGCCGCCGCUGAGCUGCAGCAGCAGCGCGAGGCGAGCCGCGCCGCCCAACUCGCCAGCCGGCUCGCCGAGAACGAGCAGCAGUACAAACGACACGUGGCCGACCUUCAGCUGGACGUGUCUCGAGCGCGCGGAGAAGCUGAGCGUGAGAAGGCGGCGGCGGCGCGCCAGCAGCAGGAGCUGCAGCACCGGCUGACGCUCGGCGAGGAGCGGACGGCGGCUCUGGAGGCGGCCGCCGCCGACGCCGAGCGACAACUGGAGCGGCGCGUGGCGCAGGCGCGCGACCGCGAGUGGAACAACACGCGCACGUUGCGCCAGCAGCUGCUGGAGGUGGAGAACAAGCUGCAGGAGUGCCAGCAGGAGAGCAUGCAGGCUGUGUCGGAGAAAGCCGAGCUGACCAAACAGUGCGAAGAACGUAUUGCCGAGGUGUACGAGAUGAAGAAGCGCCUGGAGGCUGAGCUGGCAACGCUGCGGACCAAGACAAAGCUGCACGACGAUUUGUGCGCCGAACUGGAGGAGGAGAAGGACAGCGGCUCCAAGCUCCGCCAGGAGCUGAACGCAGAGCGCUCCAUCGUAACCGAGCUGUCGCGCGAAAUGAAGCAAAUCCAGGACGAGCGAAGCGAACUCGAAAAGGAGGUGGAGAAAAAGGCUGACGAGGUACGACAGCUAGAAAAGGCGAGCGACGAGCGGCUGGAACAGGCGUCCCAGCAGCUGGCCGCCAAGGAACGUGAGGCCACCGAGGAGCGGAGCCGGCUACAACAGCGGCUGGAGCAGCUGGAGCGGCACCGCCAGCAGGCGCAGCAGCAGCGAGACGACGAGCAGGUCAGGUCGCAAAAGUACGCCCGGUUGAUCAGCAAGCUGCGCCGGCGGCUGGAGCUGUGCCGGGCCGAGACGCAGCAGCUGGCGGCCGAGCGCGAUGCGCUGCGGCGCUGCGUGCCCGAGCACACCUACAACGAGCUGCGCAAACAGUACCGCCAGUUACAGCGCAAGCACCGCGAGUUCUCCAGCAUGAUCACGUCGCUGUCGUGGCCGGAGCCGGCCGGCGGUGCCGAGCCAGCCGGCUUGGCCGCCCAGCUGCAGCUGCUGCAGGCGCGG